AUGGCUAAAACAUUACCCCCGGGUAUCUAUAUUCCUACACCAACAUUUUUUCAAGAUGAACCAGCAGAUGAACAACCCGUUGACGUCGAUGCAAUUACUAGACAUGUAAAAUUUUUAUGUUCAGCUGGUGUUCAUGGAAUCGUUUGUAUGGGUUCAACAGGUGAAGCUGUUCAUUUAAAUGAGGAAGAGCGACAACUUGUUCUACGUACAGCACGCAAAGCAAUGGAUGAUACAUCACCAAAAGCUAAAUUAAUUGCUGGUUGUUCACAAGAAUCUGUUCGUGGAACAUUACAUUUAAUUGAACAAGCAGCAAACUCUGGAGCAGAAUAUGCUAUGGUUUUACCACCAUCAUAUUUUCUUACAUGGGCAUCAUGUCGAUCCGAUGUGAUUUAUUCGUUUUACACGACAGUAGCUGAUAAAUCACCUAUUCCAAUUAUUAUUUAUAAUUUUCCAGGUGUCACUCAACAAAUGGACACAACACAAGAAACAAUUGUUAAAUUAGCUACGCAUCCAAAUAUUGUCGGUAUUAAAUGUACAGAUGGUAACGUUGGUAAAGCAGCUUACAUUUGUGCAAAUACGAAUCCAGCACAAUUUACUUUAAUGAGUGGUUCGGCUGAUGCUUUCGUUCCAUUUCUAUCUGUCGGUGCUCAAGGAUGUAUACCUGGUUUUGGUAAUAUAGCACCACGUAUACUUUGUGAACUAUUUCAUUUAUACACAAAUCAUGCUACCGAUAAAUGGAAAGAAAUACAAAGUCUUCAAGCUAAAAUUGUUGGUGCAGAUCAUGCAUUUUUCCGUUGGAAUGGCAUAUCAGGUCUUAAAGCGGCUAUGCAAAGUAUAUUAGGAUAUGGUGGUUUACCACGAACACCAUUAUUACCAACGACUUCAGAACAACAACAAAACAUUGUUGAAGCUGUUGAGUCUGCACUUGAAAUUGAACGUCAAUUAGCUUCAAAAUCAUCAAGCUAA